AUCAGCCUUCUUGCUGUCUCUGGCUGGAAUUUGCAGGCUGGUCUGCGUUGCAUCAGUCCCGCUGGGCAUUCUUUUCCAUCUAUAAUUUGAAACCAGAUGGAAAAUGAAUCCACUGUAUGUUGAUAGAGCUAUUUCAUAACAAGGGAAAAGCCUUUGCAAUGUGUCUGUGCGAGCUGAGCCUGUAAAGCACUCUUGGAUCGUCUGGUUACAUUUACGUCUAUCACAGAAAAUGAGGCGAGGAUUAUUAGGAGUUACGAGAAGAGCGUGUGAGAGGCUCCAAGUAGAUUUUCUCUCCCAUGCAAUCUGGGUGAAUGCACUUUGAUGAUGUUCUCCUGUGGUGCAGCCCUAUCUACAGGUGGGCAGCACCAGACCCACAGAGUCUCGCAUUGCCUUGAGCAUCCCUUGUGUGAUUCAGCCCCUGGGGCUCGGGCACUCAUCUCUCCUGCUCUGUAAAUGAACCCUGCGUGCCCGAGGUGAUGGGAGGCCGCUGUGCUCCGUGCCCAGGGCAGCCCUGUGACCCUGGCUUCCUCCCUCGCUAUGUGACAUUUCACAUGUGGCACUUCACCUUCUGAAAGAGCAGAACCGAUCUCAUAAAUAAGUCCUAUGCUUAAAAAGAGAGGUAGCAAGGAAGGAGCCUGAUUUGUACGUGACAAUUUCAACUCCAGCUCUUCUCUUAGGAAACGCAGCCAGCACCUUGCAUCACGGAGGCCCAGCAUGAAUGUUAACUGUGCUGGUGGGAAGAGAAAUCUGGAAUCCGCUUGCUCUGUGGAAAAUGGAACUGUAGCAGUCCAUGAGACAGAGGAAGGUAAUGUGGUGCUCGGAGGUCACAGCCCCUCUGCAGGCCUCAGGAACGAGGGUUUAGAUUCUGACUACCGACACACUGCUUGCCCAGCCAGCCCCCAGUUCAGCAGCAUGCUGUCUGCCUCAGAAGAUGCACACAACUGUCAUUUCCAAGAUGGAAAUAAAAGACAGACAGAAUAUUUUAGCACCCAGGAACGCCAUGCUUUGUCUCCAAGCAUCAAUUCACAGACGGUGGCUCCAGAGAAAGUGACACUUGUGGUAGAUGGCACUCGGUUCGCGGUGAAUCCGCAGAUUUUCACUGCUCACCCUGAUACUAUGCUGGGAAGAAUGUUUGGACCAGGAAGAGAAUAUAAUUUCACCAGGCCAAAUGAAAAGGGAGAAUAUGAAAUUGCAGAAGGAAUUAGCUCAGCUGUGUUCCGGACUGUGCUGGAUUAUUACAAAACCGGAAUAAUAAACUGUCCUGAUGGGAUUUCCAUCCCAGACCUUCGAGACACCUGUGAUUACCUCUGCAUAAACUUCGACUUCAACACAAUCAAAUGUCAAGAUUUAAGUGCUCUUUUACACGAGCUCUCCAAUGAUGGUGCUCACAAGCAGUUUGACAGCUACCUGGAGGAGCUAAUUCUGCCUAUAAUGGUAGAUAGUGCCCGGAAGGGGGAGCGUGAAUGCCAUAUCGUCGUGCUGACAGAUGAAGACACCGUGGACUGGGAUGAAGAUCACCCUCCUCCAAUGGGCGAGGAGUACUCUCAAAUCCUUUACAGUUCCAAGCUGUACAGAUUCUUCAAGUACAUUGAGAACCGCGAUGUUGCAAAAGCAGUGCUAAAGGAGCGGGGCCUGAAAAAUAUCCGUAUUGGCAUUGAAGGAUAUCCCACCUGUAAAGAGAAAGUGAAGAGGAGGCCGGGUGGUCGAUCAGAAGUGAUAUACAACUACGUUCAGCGGCCAUUCAUCCAGAUGUCUUGGGAAAAGGAAGAGGGGAAAAGCCGUCACGUUGAUUUCCAGUGCGUCCGGAGCAAAUCUCUGACAAACCUAGUCACUGUGGGCGAUGACGUUUCAGAGGACCAUGAGGUUAUCAUGCAUCACCCCCCACAGGUAGAUGAACUGGAUAGGCUAAAUGCACCAUUCUCCCAAAUGGCUGUUAACGAUCUACCAGAUUAGUCACGGCUCCGGCUUGAUGUGGGAACGUCUCGGCGUAGUUUCAUCCUAGUAAUGGAACACAGACUCCUUGCCAGGUGCUUUAUCCUCGUUCAUCCUCUUACUGUGUUGUCAUAUUUCAAGCAUGUUAAUAAAGAGCCACACUCCUUAGCCUAAUUGUGCAAUCAAAAGCAACAUCUCAAACAAAAAGAAAGUGUCGCUUGUUUCCACUACAAAGGCUUCCAGACUGAUGGGUGCUGAAUAUUUUAUGUAAACUUCUAAAAGAAGAGCAGAAGUAUUUAGAAAUGACAUGAGAGAGGAAAUUGCGGGCCUGUCAAGACAAAGCUUUUCUUUGCCAUUAGACACUUAGGUUUGCUUUUGUGAUAAUCCGCACCAGACAUCAAAGCAAGACAGGUGAUGCUCUUUCAUCAGCCAGCAGAAAUGUAGCACGGUUGUGGCAGCGGAAUACUGAGAGUGAGGAAAUGACAGCAGAAUUCUGCGUGAGGGAACCUGUUUGCACUGCCACCUGGCUUGGUGUCCGGCGUGUACCACUGCUUUAGGGAGCACCUCCAUAGAGGUGUUCAAGGCCAGGUUGGAUCGGGCACUGGGCAGCCUGAUGUGGGCUGGAACUGGAUGGGCUGUAAGGUCUUUUCCAUCCCAAGGCCUUCUGUGGUAAUAGGAAGUAUGAGACUCUUCACAGGAACUCCCUGUGGAUACUUCUGCGUAAGAUGAAACGACUGUUUAGAGAUAUUGUCUGUUAAGUUCGUUAAAACAAGCAGAUUGCGGAGGAGGAGAAAGCCAAAAAGAAGACUAGUUGUUUUUUAGCCACAAAGUCAGUCUGUUUAGUAGCCUAGAAGAUGUAAGAAGCUUUCCAAAGGUGGCUGUGCAUGUUAAAGAAUUUGUUUUCUCCUCCUCCUUUCUAAGAAAAAAAUUAAUGCCAGCGGAGCUGAGCAGAAUCACUGUUUGCAUCAACCUUCAGCAGUGAAAAUUUCCAUAGACUGUCCGAGGAGCGCCCUACUCACAGACCUGCUUCAGCUUCUAAAGGCCAGUUACUUUCCUCCCAGUUUGGAACUGACUGGACUCUUUUGCAGUCAGGCCUGUAAGAGACAUCAACAGUGAAUGAGACUUCAGUAGGAAAAAAAAUGCACCUACCUGGGAACAAUUGCCCUCUGCUGCUCCAAAUACAGUAGUCUGUAUUUAAGGUUGUAUUCAUUUUGGAUUCAGGGCCAACGAAGCUGUGGCUGUAGCUGUAAACACGCUCCAGGCUGCUUAGCUCAGUUAUGCUGCAGUGUAGAGGCUCCUGUUCCCGCUGUGUGCAGUUAUCUACAGGCUGCUUAACCCACUGCUGAGCACACAGUGCACUCAGUACAGCCAGAGCCAAGCAGGCAGGUGAGUGAGCACAGGCCUGCCUUACACAGCCAGCAUUUCUGAUGGCCACAGAGAGACUGCACGGACCCAAAGCAACGCUGUAGCUAACUUGGACCUUGUGCUGGUACAAAGAAAGGCUGAAACAUAUUCAAAAAGCCUGAGAGGAAGACAGCUCCUGUAAGUUCAGGUCAGUUCUGCUCUUGUAAUUGACUGGUGUUGAAACUCGUGCCGCUUGGUGUGUAAGUUCCUUGGCCAUACUUAUCAAAGUGGAGGUAGGCGUUAGUCAGCCCCUAGAAGCUUUAAUCCUUUUGUUGUCGGGGUUGCAUCAAGCUCAUUUCCAUUAUUUUCUGUCUGUAAACUGUAAGGUUGGCUUGGUAUUGAAGUUUGCUGUUACUGUGUUGCUGCUAUGGAUGUAUCGUUCUUUUUUUUCUCCUGUGUAAGAGACAUGAAUGCCUUCCUGGUUAAGAGUAAUGUGAUCUCUGCCAAUGCUAUCCGUGCUGAUGCGUUUAGUUCCCAUGUGUAUGGGUACGGGUCCUGUUAUCAGCAGUGUUUCUUUUACAUUCUUUCCUAAGUGCAGCAAAUCUCUCUCUUCUUUUAUAAGUGCCUAUGGGAAGAUUCCAGAAGUGCUUCAGGCCCUCCUGAGAGUCCUAGGGGUUGAGGUCCACGUGACUUGUGAAAAGUCCUUUCCGUGCGUUAGUGGAUCAGCAUAGAGAAGUGUCCUUCAGUGUCUGCACAGAGGCAGCAUAAGUCGUGUGCAAUCACUUUGUUUUAUCGCUCUAGACGAAUUUCUUUUCUUGUAUUUAGAGAACAAAAGAUACGGCACAUUAAUCUUCCAGGAAAGGGCCAGGCCAAGCCCGUUACCUAAGGAAUGAGCAGCUCCCAGAGUCAAGCAAAUCCAAUGGGGAGACUGUCCCCGGCCACGAUGGAGCUUGGCUCCAGGCCCUAUGGAUUUUUAGUGUAUUUAUUUUUACAGCAGUGUGAGUUUGAAGCAAACGGGUGCUGGUGUUGAGCUGAAAUUGGGGCUUACGCCUUCUGCAGGCACACAGCUCAGGCUGUCACUGCCUUGUAGGAACUUUAUGGUGCUGUGUAACCAGGGGGACCCUGAGCACAGGCUGGGGGCCUGGCUUCCAUGCUUUACCUGCACUGUUCUGCAGACACCCUGAAAUGACACUGUACUCUGUUGGCUUUCCCAAGGAGCUGGAGAUGCAUUUGGGAUUUAGUUUUAGUAGAGCGAGUUCUGUUGGGAUUCUACAUCAAGGUGAAGAAUUCUGCAUUUGCUUCUCCUCCUUUGCUCAUAGUCACCCCCCAUUCAGGUACCAGUGUUGUAUCUCAUUCUAGGUAUACUGAAGUGUUACCCGUGGUGUCCAUCAACUCCUACAGCUGUAUGGUUUCCUUCAUGUAUUAAAGCAUAAACAAUG